GUGGGUGCCUGUGCGCGGAGACUGGCACCUUUCUCCUGUUGUGGCUCUGGGAAGCAGCUGAGGAAGACCGGUGUGGAAACGUAGGGUCCAGGGCCAUUUUCCUUGGCUGGUCAGAGCCCUCAGGGUGGAGGUCAUGGGUGGACAGAACCCUCAGGAAUGUUCUUGGAACUCAGAGGAGCUACCGGACAAAGGAUAGCAUGGAGAGGCCAGCCCAGUAGCCAGGAGCCCUGGAGAGCCACAGCUUGUGUGUACGGAACCAGGCCUUGACAGGUGUCAGGGGCUCGGGGCAGAGCACUGCACAAGGGACCACUGAGCUCAGGGAUCAGAGGCACCGAAGGGGAAGUCCUGACGGACCACAGGCCAGCUGAACAGCUGUGGAUAAACAAGGACUUUGGGAUCCGGAGUAGGAAGGGAAACAGCCAGCCGCCGAACCCCAGAGAUGAAAGGCCUUCUCACGCUGGCUUGGUUCCUGGCUUGUAGUGUGCCUGCUGUGCCAGGGGGCUUGCUGGACCUCAAGUCCAUGAUUGAGAAGGUGACCGGAAAGAACGCCCUCACGAACUACGGCUUCUACGGCUGUUACUGUGGUUGGGGCGGUCGGGGGACCCCCAAGGACGGCACCGAUUGGUGCUGCUGGGUGCAUGAUCACUGCUACGGGCGGCUGGAGGAGAAAGGCUGCCACAUCCGGACACAGUCAUACAAAUACAGAUUUGCACGGGGACUGGUCACCUGCGAGCUCGGGCCCCUCUGCCAAGUGCAACUCUGUGCCUGUGACCGGAAGCUCGUCUACUGCCUGAAGAGGAAUCUGAGGAGCUAUAAUCCUCGUUACCGAUACUUUCCCAACAUCCUCUGCUUCUAGUGGCCCUCGGUGAGCUCCUUGCUCCCUUCUCCUCCCACACGGAGCUCACCGACUCCCCUGGGUUCCCGAGAGAGGCUCGCAGUCCCGGACCUCCUUCUCUCUCCAUGGUCCACGGGGCUUGGCGGAGCCCCACGGCCACACUCCACGCUCCAGAGAGUCCCAGGAGAAUGACUCUGGUCCCAGGAGCCCGCAAGGUCCACUUGUGAGGUGGGCUCGCCCCAAACUCCAGGCCGGCUGUCUUCCCGCUUGCCCUGAAGACAGCGCCCCUUCUCCAGGAAGAUACAUUUACUUUGCAGUUUCUGUAGUCGGACUAUCACUACCACCCUCUAGAGAAUUUUUACUCAAGGUAGAAGCAAAAUUGACCCCCUAAUUCUGCCAUAGAGAUGUUUGAAAACAGUAUUCUUUACAAAGA